AGAUACCGCUCUUAAAUUGUACCGGAAAUGUGAGCUCUUGUUUUACAAACAAACAUUUAGUCAACUUCGGUGUGCAUGGACAUUACGAAAGGACGGCUAACCUGAUCACAAACGUUUUGUUUAAUCGUUUAAACUAAACGAGAAGCAGUUAGGUGACGAUUAGACAUUUUAUAGAGUGUAGUGCUUUGAUAGUUUUUAUGUCGUUACAUUUUUUUGACGCCAAGUCAACAUGCUUGUGUUCAGUGCACAGCGGAUGGCUCGUCCGGAAAAUUUCGUCCAAAUAUUUGAUAAAUCAAAAUGUAAGACUUAACGCAGAUAUUAUGUUGCCAGCUUUUAUUUAUGAAGCUAGGAAAGAAGCAUCGGUCGAUGUGUAUGAGUGUAAUCUUAAAUUUAGUCCUCGUAUCAUCCUAAUGCGUCGUUUCUAAGUCGUCAACUACAACUUACAAACUCAAACAACUUUGAUCAACAAAGAACUCUGGCUCUAUAUUGAACAUGUUUGAUUACCUGUGAGGCCUCCUCAGCUACGUUAUCAUUGCCAUUCCCAUCUCCACUGGUGUCUACGAUGGUCUGUCAGCUGGACCACUCAGUGCCCUCAUCAGUAAGGUUCUGUCUAAUGAAAAAAACAGACCCUGGUUUCCAGCGGACCCCCCGCCCCCUCAGCCAAACCUCUUCUUGACAGCCUGAGAGUAAAACCUCGGUGUUUGGGUGCGAGGACCUAACUGCUCCUUUCUGAUGUGAAAUGAAACCAUCACAUAACAGAUGACAGAAGAGAAAAACUAUGAAGAGAGAUUAAGAGGGACGACUCCAGAGCCGAGCCUUUAACCACGUGAGAUUACGGACAUCAAUCAGUAGCUGCCACUGGAGGUGAAAUUGUCUGUACGUCUGUGGAGUUGAAAAAAAAAAUGAAUGAUGGAUUUCAACACUGACCGCUUUGAAAUCAAUCUUACAUAACUGGAGCAUCACUGCGCAAGAAGACCGUGCAGGUAAAGAUUGACGUUUUUAUUUUUCUUCUUUCUUCUGGACGCUUGGAGGACAAACCUCAGACUUUUAUGUAACAGCGGCAGAUGGAAGACGGAGACAGAACUUGACAGGGUCACAUUUUCAUGAUGAUAAACAACAAUCUGAGAACAACCUCUUAGAUAAGGGCUCUGCCCACACAUGCUGUUGAACACUUAAAUCAGAAGCACUAAAAAUCUAUGCUGCACUGAAAAAUGAUAGAUGAGCUUGUGUUUCAGUGUCAGUAUUUUGAUCUUGUGCAGGCACAGAGGCAUUCACUGAGUUGUGUCGAACUGUAGGAUCAAACAUGAGCUGUUUUCUAGAAGCUUUGAGUCCUAUAACUUAACUCUGGACUGUACAGCUUACUAAGGUACCAUACAUAGAACAGUUUGUAUUUAUACAAGUAUAAUAAAAAUGAACACAAAGGCAAAACUUUAGAGGUUUUAUAACCCUGCUGUAAAUCAGUUUAGCCUAAAUAUUUACUUCUUAGUAUUUGUGCAAAUCAUCAUCUUUAGGAAGGACAUGAAUCGUGACAUAGAUUUCUCUGAAAUUCAACGGUUAGCCCACUGACAUGUUUCCGUUCUCACGGUUAAAUAGAAACGGCAGGUGUUCUCCUCACUUUUAAAUCUCGUGAGAAGGAAACCUGAGAUGGGACGACCUUAGCACCUCUGGCCUUAAUGUGGUGCCCCAGACCAACCCCUCUUUUCUAAUGUCCUGUCACUGGUUUGGUCUUGGGUGAUUUACUGUCUUGCACCUGUAAUGGCGUCGUACCGUCACUGGUUUGACUCCUUUUGUAACUUUGAUGUUCAUCGUUUUUGUGUCACAUCAACACCGAGCUCUAAUGUCCUGGCUUUGAUCAAACAUCGUGACAAGUCUUGGAUGAAUUACCGUGGAAGUUUUCACCCUCGGGAUUAUUCCACUCCUCUACUCCGGUCGAACACAAACAUACCUGCAGUCGUGACAGCUGGUCAAACUUAUGAUGAGCUGCAGCUGUCAAAUAUAGCCUUCCCUCCGAGCCCUGAUUGAUGUUUUUACUGGAGGACUGUCAGGCGGAAGGCUCCACAGGAAGUCUGUGGUCCCACACCGUAUCACGUUUCCCUCCUCUUGAAGAUGACAUUAAAUCAUUCCACAACCUGCUCUAUUUAUACCCCGAUGCAGGUGGUGUCUGAGCAACAGCUCUACAUUUGAUAAUGAUAGUCAGUGAUGGAGGAAAAAAACAAAAAGACUGUCUGCAUGUGUGUACAAAGUUGUGUUUGUUAAUGAUAUACAUCCUGGGGUUUGGUGUAACCCAGUACUUUUAUCUCUGCUGUGCCUAAAGCAUUUCCAUCUCACAUGCAGAGUUCAAACACCCAGCAGGAGGAAGAGACCCCGCUGUGGUUCCAUAAACUCGGAGCAGCCAGUAUGUAUGGAGUUUCUGUGACGACGAAAGAGGUCACGGUGCUUUUAAAAAAUAUUGUGAAAAGUCCUGAUUUAUUUUUUAAAAUACGAGCCAGAACCCACAAACUGACUCUAUGGGUUUGACUGUGGUGGUUUAAUGAAGGAUCUCCUCCAGAAUGAUUGUUCUGAUCAGGGCGGCCUCUGUUACUGUGUUGAAGCCCUCCCCCCGACCCCCGCUGAAUUGUUGGCGAUGAGAGAUGUGCGAUGUCCUCCUGUGUUCUUAAUCUCCGCCUCAGGCCGCGGCUGAGCUCUUUCUCUGCCUGCAGGAUAAGGGCAGCAAGUCUUUGUGCGUGGGGUCGCGAUCUUUCACCUGCUGCUGGCGACCUUCCCUGCUGUGAGGUCACAUGUAGGAGGCCGGGCACGAAGUGAACGACAAGUGAGGGGAAGCAAAGGAGGAUGGGAACUAGGGGCAAUGAGAGAAGAAGCCUGUUCUACCUGCCAACACUAAUGGAACAUGAACUGUUAUCGUAUGAGCACUGACAGGGGCUGUCACCUCUGUACAGAUGUCUCUGAAGCAUCAAAGUCAAAGGGUAAAUUAAAGUAGUGAAAAAAACAACUCACUUUUCAACCCUGACUUCAGCUAAAGCGAGUUGUUUUUCUACUUAGAUUCUCUCUACCAUGGUACGGCGGUCAUGGGGUCAACAGCAUCAUCGGUGAUGUCUGCGUAUUGUACGCUGGGAUUGGUUAAUCUAACAUGCUAUGAAAGGUUUUUUGGAAUCUUUAUUCCAACAAUAAUGAUAAUGAUAAUAAUAACAUGCUGGUGAUGUUUUAACAACAAAUGUGGACAGGAAUAUUUUUUAAAUAUUGAGGCAAAGAUGUGAGGGCUGUCUGUGUGGGUUAAUCAUUGUGAUCACACUCACCUGUCUCACCUGAGGUUUCUCUCUCUCUCUUCCAGUCUGUCUGUUCGUCUGUGUUCUGUUCAUUGGUCAGUUCAUGUUCGCCGUGCCACGUUUUGGAGUUCAUGUUUUGGAGUUUGGAGUUCAGUCCUUGUCAACUGGUGCCUGCCUGCAUGUGUGUGUGCGUGUGUGUAUCAGAGCGUCUUCACCUGCAGCUCCUAUCUCCGUGGACCAGACCGCAGCUGUAGACAGACGUGCGCUGACCUGCUCCCAGCUGAACACAGACGAUUACAGCUACCUGCCCGAUGCUCUGCCACCUCUUCCUGAAGUCCCGGACUCUGGAUCUGUCCUGAGUUCCAUCGACAUCCCUGCCCGCUGCCUCCGCAACUCGGCCUUACGUCACACGCGCUUCUGCUCCACCCUCAGCAUGGACUCCUCUCCGGACUGCGCUGAAAGGCCCAUCAGCUACAGCUCCACCUCGUCUUCCGCCUCCUCCAGGGACAGUCACUGCUCUCUGGGCAGCCGCUCCACCCUUGUCGCUGCGCCUCACUGUAACCCAGUGACCUCAGACAGGGACUCUGGGGCAAUCCGGUUGGAACUGGUCCCGGCUCGGCAGCUGGGAUGCGGGGAGGAGGUGGACAGAAACGAUGGAGGGAUGGAUUCAGGGAAGGAGCAAGGAAGGCAGAGCUGUGAUCAGACUCCAACAGAACAUUCAGAGCCAGAACUAAGUCCAGAGGGGGGUGAGCGGACGGGUCAGGGACCCAGAACAUAUGUGGACCGGGUGGUACAGGAGAUACUGGAUACAGAGAGAAUAUAUGUCCAGGAUCUGCGAAGUAUUGUUGAGGACUACCUGGAGAUUAUAGACAACCAGUUGCGACUGCCUUUAAACUCCGAGGAUAAAGGUUCUCUGUUCGGCAACAUCCAGGACAUCUACCAUUUUAACAGGGACCUUCUGCAUGUCCUCGAGAAGUGUAACACCGACCCUGUGGCCAUCGCAGAGUGCUUCGUGUCCAAGAGUGAAGAAUUCCACAUUUAUACCCAGUACUGCACCAACUAUCCACGGUCGGUGGCUGUGCUAACCGAGUGCAUGAGGAACAAGGCGUUGGCCAAGUUCUUCCGCGAGCGCCAGGAAUCUCUGAGACACUCCUUACCCUUGGGCUCCUACCUGCUCAAGCCAGUGCAGAGGAUCCUCAAGUAUCACCUACUGCUGCACGAGAUAGCCAACCAUAUGGAGAAGGACACGGAGACUUAUGAAGUGGUGCAGGAAGCCAUAGACACCAUGCAGAGAGUGGCCUGGCACAUCAACGACAUGAAGAGGAAACACGAGCACGCCGUCAGGUUGCAGGAAAUCCAGAGCCAGCUGACCAACUGGAAAGGCCCUGAUCUGAUUGGUUAUGGAGAGCUGGUCCUUGAAGGAACAUUUCGUCUGCAGCGAGCCAAGAACGACAGAACUCUCUUCCUGUUUGACAAGCUUCUGCUGAUCACCAAGAAGAGAGAAGAAACCUACACGUAUAAGGCCCACAUCCUGUGCUGCAACCUAAUGCUGGUGGAAGUUAUUCCAAAAGAACCUCUGAGUUUCAGCAUCUUUCACUACAAGAAUCCCAAACUACAGCACACAGUUCAGGCAAAAUCACAGCAAGACAAGCGCAUGUGGAUCCUGCACCUGAAGAGACUCAUCCUUGAAAACCACCCUGCCAAAAUCCCUGCAAAGGCCAAAAAAGCCAUUCUGGAAAUGGAUGCAAUGCAUCAUCCUGGGUUUCACUACAGCGCUGAUGGUGACAAGAAGGAUUCCCCUCAAACCAAGGAGGGUCCGACUCCUCGUAGAGGACGCAGAAAAGAACCUCUGUCCAAAUUACUGAAGAAUGCCAAACAGAACGCCGCCAACAUGGACGGAGAAAAGCGAACAAGUCUGGGGGCCACACUGCUCUCCCCCGUGUCCCAGCUGGCUCUGGGAACCAUCGGUCGCAGCCGCAGUCUCAUUAACCAAUCACAAGAAUCUCUGGACCCCGGUGAUCACUACGACCACAGUGACAGAGAGGAAGGAGAGGAGCAGCAUCAGCAGGACGCUGACGACGAGGAUGACAGCGGCCUGGGAGGUGGAAAGAGCCUGCGAGUUCCAGGGAAAAGCAGCAGGAAGAGGUUGAACCCUCAGGCGUCUGUAGAUAGUAUAGAACAAUGGAAGGCCUUCAACAUGAGUGCAUCAGACCUACAGAAAGCAAGAGAAUCACUGGUGCGUGAAAGCAGUCGCCACCCGCCCCUUGUCAGGACCCCACAUGUGAUGGAGGAGCCCCCUGACACUCCUGUGCCCUCUGUCAUAGUCACACCAAGUGAUAAUUCUGUCAGGAACAUCUGGGCAGACCAUCGGGCUCGCAGGGCCAUGUUCCCCACUCGCCAGAGGACCAUGCAGCCGGACGACGAGGACGAGGACAUCUACCAGAUGUUUGUUCCCACGGAGCCUGUCGGAUCAGAACCAGAGGUUCCUGCAGAGCCGUCUGAGGCCACCUCUUCUCCAAGAACGGCCCGUCCCUGCAGCUGGCAUGUGGAACAGGUGCCUACAGUUCAAAUCGAACCUCCCUCUAACGGCAGCAGAGUCCUGCGGAGGGCCAGCAGUGCAGGGGAGAAGGCCACAGCAGCUCGUCAGAGUCCGGACGAUGACUCCAUCACGCACAGUAACCUGGAGGUGAUCCACACUGAAUCGUCCAGCAACGAUAUGUCUGGAUCCUCCUCAGCUGAGCAGCUGACACUGGACGAUAUUGAGAACGUGUAUGACAACAUCAGCUAUGAAGAUCUGAAGAGCAUGGGCCUCAUCAGGAGAGACCCAGAGGAAACCCAGCCAUGGAAGGAGUCAUCUACAGAGGCAAAGGCUUCACAGAGGUCAACAAGUGAAGUUUCAGAGGUCACGGAGCAUCUGAUAGAACCAGACAGUUCUUCUGAGAGCAACAGGUCCUCAACACAGGAGGGGAAGCAGCUUGGCCCCUGUGAUCUUAAGAUAGAAGAAGAAAACAUCUAUGACACAAUCUGCUUCAGGGAACCUCCAGUAACAGAGCCGAGAGCAGGGAACCAGAAGCUUAAAGAGGGGAGGGACAGUCUGCUGGCCUCUGAACAAGACCUGACAGGAAGUCUUGUGGGGUUUGUGUCUGAAGAGAGCCUCCACUUUGGAGAAGAUGAAAGACCUGUUCUAGGUUCUAUUGAGUCAGAAUAUUCCUCCUCGUCUGCUUCUGAGUCCUUCUCCCAGCGCUCGCACAAAGGAGAUAAGAUGUCCGAGCAGGUGGAUGAAAUCUGGAACGACCUGGAAAACUACAUCAAGAACAAUGAAAAAAAGGCUGAUCGGCUUCCAGCAGCUUUCCCUGUCGGUGCCGGUGAGUCCUCGUCAGUCAAAAACAGUCCUAAGAAGAUCCCUUCUGUAGUUGGAACCCAAGGAGCCAGCACCCCAGUGAAGAGUCCCCCCGCACAUCACCCUAAAGCCCCACCAUCAUUCACCAUCCCUGUCAUCAACCUGCCGGAUCAUCAAAGUGAAAGCACCACUGAUGAAGAACUCCACAGUCCCACGCCAACUUCAGAACCACUUCCUGUGGUCCCGGAGCCCCCCCCUGGGACAGUGAAGAGCAUCCGGAACAGGCUGGCUCGCCUCAGCAGCGGCAGCUUCCGCCUGGAGGACGACGACCUGGUGGAGCUCCCCCAACGAAGCGCUUCUCAUAGUUUGUUUCCAGGGGAACUGGCAGGUCUAGACUCCCCCCUGGCCUCCUCCUCUCUCCUGCUGGGAGAAUCUGUGGACUUCCCCCUGGAACUAAUGGACAAAACAAAGAGCAGAGUGUUUCUGAUGGCACGACAGUACAGCCAGAAGAUCAAGAAGGCCAACCAGCUGCUGCGCAUGAGGAGCAUGGACCCUGGAGACUCCAGCACUCGGGCCAGAGUGGAGAAGAAGCAGAAAGAUCUGGCAGCAAUCUUAGAGGAGAAGAAGCAAGGAGGCGCAGCAAUAGGUGCAAGAAUAGCUGAGUACUCCCAGCUCUAUGACCAGAUCAUGUUCAAGGAUCCUCCAAGUCCUGGUGGUCAGACCUCCACCCACCAUCACCACCACCAUCCAGGUCUUCCGUCUUCUCCAUCCAUGCCUGAGACCUCCCUGGAGACUGACUGGCUUCACUCCACGUACAGCAACGGAGAGUUGUCCAGCUUCGUCUCCUCAGUUACUGAGGCUGGAACUGCUCGACUGUCCUCCACCCCUCAGCGCAAGCUCACCUCCGCCUGCUCCACGCCCUCACUCAAGAUUUUCCCUUCUUCGCCAGUCAACCCACCUUUUCAGAGGUGGAGCUCGUGCAUGUCGGCACCCGUUGAGAAAGACGAGCACGUGUACAGUUCCAUAAAGAGACAUCCGUCCUUCAACGCUCCAUCUUCACCAGCCUCAAAGCCUUCUCCACCCAGUCACUGUCAGUCGUUAAGUUCAGUAGAUGACCAGCAGAAGAAGAACAACAUCCAGUCUGGACUCAAAUGUAACAGAUCCAAUGUAGAUCGGUCUACAGACAGACUCCGUACCCCAGGUCUGGGGCGGGUUGGUCGACAGAGUAGCCUUCCAGAACGUUCUACCUUGGCCCAGUCAGACCUAACCUUACAUGAUGGUCAACACGUGGUCGUCUUAAAUCGGGCCUCUGCUCUCAGCAUACUCAGUCCCACCCAGAACUAUCUGGCCAACUUCAAGGACAAUGGGGAAGAUGACGAUGACUAUGUGGAGAUCCGCUCAGAAGACGAGGUUGAACACGAGCACCAAAACUCGGCGCAGAAAACUAGCAGCUCAGCCAUUCUUUCCAGUCAGAAAACUCCUGGUAUGAUCCAGUCUCAGAGUUUACCCUGUAGCCCGCUGCGCUCCUGCGACCCUCUGCGAUCCAUCGACCACGAGCAGCUGGAGAAGUACCUUUGGAGCGAGCCGCAGCAGAGCCAACCCAAUAUUGUCCAAUCUCUGAGGGACAAGUUGCAUUGUCUGAGCUCCAGUAGUUUUGUCUGAAGCCAACAAAUAAAACACAAAGAGACGACUGCUACUUACUGAGCGCUAAAAGCUUCGUUACUGGUCUCCAGACGAAGGCAGAAAAUCUUUGGUUUCAUUAAUAACAGCUUCUGUGAAUACCUUCACUUUGUUCACUGCAGGGUUUCAGAGUUAGACACAGCGUAGGUUGCUUUUAACGGCACAAUAAGCAUGUUAGCUGCCUUAGCACUUCCUGGGUUAUUUAUGUUUCAGUGAGUGAGUGGUGAUCAAAUGUGGAAAAGUCAACAAUAUGUGGUCAAUGCAAAAUAUUGUCAGACAUCCAGUUUGAAUGGACGGGUUUAAAUAUGAAAAUAAUUUUAAGAGACCCUCACAGUCACAGGAGUCGUUCAGUGGGCGAGGAGUGUUUUGCAGAUUAAGUAGUUCAGAAUACAUUUGUCAUUCUAAAUCAUACACAGACUUUAGGACUUACUUGUUCCUGCUGGGUCUUUUAAAUGGCUCUUAAUGUUUUAAUUUCUUCAGCCUGUGCUGAAGUGGUUAAUCACGAUGAAAGCUAGGGUUCAAUUAGCAGCUCCGGACAUUAGCACUUUGUGGCUAGUCUUUCCCCUUUAACCACAGACUGUUCAUAAGAUAUGGACACAGCCUUGAGGUUCUGAGAGUAAAGUACUGUUCAUGUUCUCUGCUGGCUUCACUAGUAACCUGACUAUUUGUUACUGGAUUUAUAACCUCAGUAAAAACACACCUGAAGAGUUAAUGGACUGGAUUUAUUUUCCCAAUAGAAUAUUCUCAGUAUUGUAAAAUAAAUAACCAAAUAUAACAAGGAACAGUGCAUAAGAGUGAACCUGGAGCUUUAAGCUUUAAAGGCUUGUGAUUAGUUUAAGCUGCUAUUAAUAACAUAAAAGAGCAGAAACCAAAGAAGCAGAACGUCAUUAAAACAAACAGAUUAUUUUAAGUUCCGGAAUUUGAAGCAGGGUUACGGAGGUGCUGAGCGAAGCGAUACAGUAUGACUUUUGCAGGAGACCGUUCUGGCAGCCACAUUUGAUCAACAAAAUAAAGUUUGUAAGAUCUUUCGUAAAAAAUGUUUAUUGUGGUUGACACAUUGGUUAGAAAUAGCCUAAAAACUACUUCUACUUUGAAAACCUACAGACUUUUACGUUUAACUUCUACCUUAGUUUCAGGGCUUCACUUUGCAACCGUAGUAUGUCACACGUGACUGUGUCCAUUUCUUAUAUACGGUCUAUAAGUUUUAACAGCUUUUUAGCAAUAAAUGUUACAAAGAGUGGCAAAAUGGCAUCCAAUAGGUCACGUGUAACUAGUUUUAGUUGAGUUAAUUGACCUGCCCUCACUCUGCCUUUGUUGUCAAUAAGGUAUUGUGCUUUAAAACAGAAAGCUGUUGAUAUUUUUAGUUAAAUCUAUAAGAAACUGUAGGACUUUUAUUUAUUUCAAGCAAAGUUUAGGUGUUCCCGCAUCCAGUCAUUGGUGGCAUUCAUAGUGUAGAGUGAUAUGGGCAUCAAUCCACAAGUUUCUUUUUUUUUUUAUUAUUAUUUUCAAGAGGGACCAUAAAAGGGCCAUUAUGGAAAAUUUGGUUUUAUUAAAGACAGUACUGUAUUUUUUUUUUCAACACAGGUGGAUUGUCAACUCUUUUCAUUUCUUUGUUUACAUAAUGGGACACUCCCAACUGUCACACUACUGAUCUACUACUUCAACCCAGAGUCUUUUCUGUUCUUCAGACUCCUCCAUCAAUCACAAGAUGUUUUUGUUUUAUUUCUCGAGUAAAAUCACUUUGUGUGUAUUACGUUUGGUUAGCAUGCUAAUUCGACUGCCCUCUAUCAUUGUCACUUAAAGCCACAGACAGGUUGUAAAUGAGAGUAAAAUAUAUUUAUUAAAAGAUGUUUUAAAUGGUCGUUUCAGGGGCGCUCACACAAUUGGAAUGAGAUACUGUGAAUAUUGUAAGAAAUGACAAUGAGCAUCCCACAACGCACUGUUCAUUUACGAGUUCCAAAUCACAGCAAUACAAGUUCAACGGCAGGACAUGAUGGCUUACUGUUUUUGUUAGGGAAUGUGCAUCAAACACAGGUUAGGAAUAUGAAGUAUGUUUUUUGUUUUGUUUUUUUGUUUGUUUGUUUUUUACAUUUAUCCUCUGUUAGAUAGGUGGGGAGUGUCAGUCUUUAUUGACUCUUUUUUGCACUUUUUCCCCUGUCUUUUUAUGUUGUAUUUGUAAACACAGUGUAAAGAUGUACAUUUUAGGAAGUUAUUCUUUUAUGUCUAUAGGUAUGCUUUACCAUACUUUAAGUUUUAAGUUAAAUGUACUGUAUUUUUUUAACUGCCUAGUUGUCAUUGCUCAACAAAAUGUAUCAGUUCAAAUAAAACAUAUGUUUGUGCUUA